AUGCGUGGCUCCAGCGCUGCUUGUCACGUCCUUUUCUUCCUUCUCUGGGUAUCUGCCACCUUGGCAAACCCUAUCAUCAAUGAAGACACACGCUCUCUUGAGAAGAGAGCCGUCCCGCCGGCCCCGACGGAUCCGACCUUCAUUAGCACAAUCUUGUCGCGAGUCAAUGUCUACCGCAACUUGCACUCUGCGCCCCCAGUAACCUGGGAUGCGGGCCUCGCCCAAACGGCGAAGACAGCCGCUACCAGAUGUAGCGCAGUACAUACUCCAAACAAUCGAUAUGGCGAGAACAUCUACAGCUUCUACCUCAUCCCCAAGACCAGGGUUCCCGAUUUCAACCUUCGGCUUAAAAAGGGAAUUGACUGGUGGUACGGGGAAGUGAGGUACUACGACGUCAACAACCCCGCCCCGGCAUAUCAUUUCACACAGUUGGUUUGGAAGAGUACCAAGAAGAUCGGCUGCUCCUGGUCUCCAAACCAGUGUGCAACUCCGAAUGGUGACUAUUUCCUCGUCUGUGAAUUUGACCCACAAGGUAACCAGGGAGGACAAUUCCAUGUUAAUGUCCUAGACGCGUAA